UAGUGUUAAAACAAUUGCCGUUGUUACUAACGUUAUUGAAUACAAAAAAAAAAGUGUCUGUUGUAUUCUACAGUCAGGAUGUCAGGCUGGGUGUUAUAAGAUAAUGCACUUUAAAACACUGGGGCCAAUAGACCGUCCGCUGGCUUGUUUAUUUGGUGCUUUAAAAUCUAAGAGUUGAGCUCGUUGAGUGGCAUGUGUUUGGAGCCAUGCAUAAAUCCUCAAGGACCAAGAAACCCGACGUGAAAAUCGUCAUUCUGGGGGACAUGAACGUGGGAAAGACUUCUCUCCUGCACAGAUACACAGAGAGGAAAUUUAAAGAUACCACCAGCACAGUUGGAGGGGCGUUUUUCCUGAAACAGUGGGGACCCUACAACAUAUCCAUAUGGGACACCGCAGGACGGGAGCAGUUCCAUGGCCUCGGCUCAAUGUAUUGCCGUGGCGCGGCUGCAGUUAUCCUCAUCUAUGAUGUUACUAACUGGCAGAGUCUGGCUGAGCUAGAGAACCGCUUUCUAUCCCUGACCGACACUGCCAACGCUGACUGCAUUUUUUCCAUAGUAGGUAACAAAGCGGACCUGACUGACUCUCUCGCUCAAGGCCCGGACACCGAGGACAAGCAAGGGGACGAUCCCCAGCCUGUUGUCACAUGUCCGACUCCUCCAGCAACUCCAAUACUGCACAAACAGGUGAGCAGAGAGGAUGCCGUGGCUCUGUACGGACGCGUGCUACGCUACAAAGGCCUGGAGGAGAAAGCAUGCCUACCUGCCGAGAAGAUGUGCUUUGAGACAAGUGCGAAAACAGGCUACAAUGUGGAUGUUUUGUUUGAAACCCUCUUUGAUCUGGUUCUGCCCUCCAUUCUGAAGAAAAGGAGUGAGGGAGAGAGUUCCACAGUGGACCUGGAGACACCAAUGGAGGUGAAAAGGACUAAAGCUGGAUGCUGUGUCUAGAGUGGGGUCAAGCAAAGGAGAUGUGAGGAUUGAGAUAUUGUUUUGUGAAUCAAUGCCAAAGGAGAAAUGGAUCAAAUAUUUUAAAAAAUCAAAUUGCCACAAUUAGAGCUACAGUAGUUCAUUUGACAGGAAUAGUUCACCCAAAAAUGAAAAUUCUUUCAUUAUUUACUCAGCCUAAAGUUGCUCCAAAUCUAUGGCUUUCUUUCUUUUGUGGAACACAGAAGGUUUUAAUUUUUAAAGAAAACAUUAAAAAUACACACAUCUUUUUAUCCAUACAAUGAAAGUGAUUGGUGACUCAGGGUUGUAAAGCUCUAUUAAGGGCAAUAAAAGAGCAUAAAGCUGCAGUUAAAGUAGUCGAUGUGACUUGUGCACUAUUUUCCAAGUCUUAUGAAGCCAUACAAUUCAUUUGUGUGAUGAACAGACCGAAAUUUGAAUCAAACAGCACCCAAAUCAAAUAUGACACUUCAGUAACAUCAAACCUCAUCAUUAUGACGAAAACAUGUGUGAAAAAAUUCCUUUUUUUUUCAUGUAAGAAAGUCAUACAAGUUUAUUGCGACAUUAGGGUGAGUAAAUAAUAACAGAAUUUUUGGGUGAAUAUUCCUCUAACUACUACUAUUUUCUAAUUUUUCACAGCAGUAUUAAACGUUUUUCUAUGAAUGAAAUUGUGAAAGCACUUGGUGAUUGCUGAAUAGUACUGUUUGUUCGAUUUUAAUUUUGAGAAAUAAUUUUUACAGGAAACUUAAGGUUGUUGUUGUUGGUUUUUUGCAUGAAUGAAUUUGGAAUACUCAUGGUCUUUUUUUUAUUUUUUUUUCUUCAUAUUUUUCAUAAUUGUUUGACAUGAUAUUUUUCCAACACUGCCUUGCUUCCAAAGUAUGGAAUAAAUGGAUUAGUCUGUGUGGUUGGCAUUAUGAAUUUUGUCAUGCUGAGCACAAUGUUUAAAAACCAGGCUGUUGUAUCUUGCCAGUGGACUGUUUCUCAAAUUGUUGUUGGGGAAUAUCUCAAAUAUACAGUUUUCAAGAGUGCCUGUCAGCAUCCUUUAAGUGCUUAUCUUGUUCUUUUUACUUGUUUGGUUUUUUUUUUCCUUUUUUUUUUCAAACAGGACCAAAGUUUUAUUUUACAUUAAUUAUUUGCCUGAUGUGGGCUCUGUAUGUGGUUUGCUCGGGGUAUUUGUUACAUGUGUAAACUAAUGCUUAAUGUAUAAGUUUAUACUCUUAAAGGUAUAAUGAUAUAUUAUUCCUAAUUAACAUUAGAAAUGACACCAAUGUAACAAAGGCAUUUAUUUUCUGUUAUUCAAUAACACUAUAAUUCAAAAUCAGUGUCUUCAGAUAGCCCACAUAUCAUUAUUUAAAGUACAUUUGGUAAAAAAAAAAAAAAAAAAAAAAAAAGACAUGUUUCCGUAGCAAAAUGUGUUUCUGACUUGUAUAGAUUGUUUUCUUUUUUUAUUCUUGUUUAGGUAUCAAAUUCAUGCUAGUGGUUUAUGGCUUUCAGGACAAUAAUACUUGUGCAAUGUGCACUGGAAAUGGGCAAAGCUGUUCAAAGUCCAAAAUAACAUGAACACUUAGUUGACACAGAUUUGGUUUAGUUGAUGUUUACAGACUCUUAUAAACCAUGUCAGUGGAAGAAUGGGAGCCUUUUUAUCUAUUUACAUAUAAGUGGGACAAAAACUGAGCUCUUUAGCAUAUUCAAAUCUAUCAGAAGAAAUUGACCUUGCCUGAUGUGGCCCGUAAACCUCAGAAAUCAGUGCACUUGCUGCAACCAAGAGAGGGUACAGAUCAAAUAAACAAGAAUUAUCCACUUGAUUGGACAAAACUAAUAAAAACCUUCAAGUCUCAAUGUUUAUGAUCUUCUGUGAAAUAAAAUAUCUAAGAAAUACCA